AUGUCUUCUAUCCCCUCAACUCAGCAAGCCAUAGUCCUCCCUGCAAAACGCACCCCGUUCGCCUUUCAGACGGUCCCAGUGUAUCCUCCAGCCCCCGGUGAAGUCCUGGUUCGUGUUGCCUGGACCUCUUCAACUCCUCUAGACCUUCAUCGUGCCGAUGGCGGUCUACUCAUCUCUGAGUACCCGCAGCAAAUGGGCAGUGGUGGUGCUGCUGGAAGAGUCGUGGCUGUUGGAGAUGGCGGCGACCUCAAGGGUCUGAGUGUCGGAGACCGUGUCGUUUCCUUUGCUUUCCAUGGCGGAAAAGAGGCUAAUCAUCAGGAAUACAUCACGAUUCCCGCAUAUCUUGCUUCCAAAAUCCCAGACAACGUAUCUUACCAGGAAGCGGUGACGGUCUCUGUGAAUCUCGUGACUGUCUUCCACACUGCCACUGCCGAUCUCAAGCUGGAGCUUCCAUGGCCUGUACCACAAGGUUACACGCCCAAGCAAGCUGAUGACCCUAUCCUCAUCUGGGGCGCCUCGAGCAGCGUCGGUAUCUAUGCCGUCCAGGUCUUCAGGCACUGGGGCUUCAAAAAUAUCGUCGCCGUGGCAAGUGAAAAGCAGCAUGCGUACCUUCGCAGCAUCGGCGCAACCGAGACCUUUGACUAUCGGAAGCAAGAUGUUGUCGAUAAGAUCCUCCAAUUCAUCAGUGACAGAACAGAGCCCCAACUGCCUUAUAUUAUCGACUGCAUUGGUUCUCUAGAGGGCACUCUAAGGCCUCUGUCCAAAAUUGCUCAACGCGGCAGCACUGUGGCUGUUAUGCUGCCUGUCAUUCUCAAAGAUGCCACACUCGAAGAAGAGCCUGAGUAUGAGAUGGACGUCUCCAAUGUGUUGGCUGGUCAAUGGGCCGAUGGCGUUGAAGUUCGUGGUGUGCGAACACAUUUCUACCUAUCAAACGAGUUUCUCAAGGAAAAGGCUCAACCAGAGAUGGUACCCAAACUACUCAAAGACGGCGUCAUUACCCCCAAUAAGUAUCGUGCUGUGGAAGGUUCAUCGGCUGUUGAGAGGGCCCAAAAGGCAUUGGAUAUUCUGAGAAAUAAGGGAGUCAGUGGCGAAAGGCUGGUCUGGAGGAUCACUGAAGAUGAGGUGUGA